ACUCCAAUGCAAAAGAGCUCACUCACGUCUCUGUGUUGCGAAGGUCUACGUUACAGGCACAAUCUCAACGUCACCAGACAACACGACAAUGACAUCUACAAUACCACCAAUACAAACAGAGCGUCCUCCGACGUCACGGCCGAACUGCAGUGCGGCACUCUGGGAAGAAGCAAAUAAGCAAGCACCAGUUCCUCAAGUAAAGAUUGGCGCACCAGCCCUUGCUCAGCGCACAAUGUACAAGCCGGAGGUCAAGCUGCUGCGUCGAGAGUCACCAUCGAAUUCCAGCACCAAUUUGAACGCUCUACAGCAAAAGUCAAAACGAGAGUUAGAAGAGGAAAGAAAGGAAAAGGAGAGACGAUAUGCAGAAGCACGCGAAAGGAUCCUGGGAAGCGGGAAUGCGAAUCCUAGUCCAGUUCCGAUGAGACCAGUUAGUGGAGCGAGCGGAGCGAGCGGAGCAAGCGGAGCAGGAAGAACGCUGGUCACAAGAGAAGCACCGAGAGAACAGAGCGGGGUUCUACGGCGGCCAGAAGGGCCAGAGAGCGGACGUGGUGGUUUCAGAGGACGAGGCAGAGGUGGACGGGCGAACUAGAUGUAUCACUAAUACACCUACGAUGACUAUCCC